AUGAUCAGAGACUACUGGGAUCUCUCAGGGCCCUUCGGCCUCGCAGUCCGCGCCUCUCUCCGAAUCCUUCAGUUCGUCCUCGCAAUAGUCACAAUCGGCCUCUACGCCGCCUCCCUCGCCUCCUGGGACGACUCGAAACCCCUCUCCCGGACGAACUGGAUCUUCGCCCUCGUCCCGGCCGUCCUGACCGUGCUGACCUGCGCCUACCACGUCUUCGCGACCGUCACGCACGCCGUGUGGUGCGUGUGGGACUUCAUCCUCGCCGUCCUCUGGGCCGCGCUCUGCGGCGUCUCGUCCUCGAACGUUAUCGACGGGAAGGAAGACGGGCAUGCCAUCACGGGGGGCGUGAAGACGAGACUCGCGGCCGGUGCGUGGAUCGCGGGCGUGCUGAUGAUACUGUACCUCCUCAACGCCGUCCACGGGUGUGCGUAUUGUUGCGCCUCGAGGAAGCUUACGAGGACUGUGCCGCGGAGGGAUAAGGUGGAUUUGGAAGAGCUCCCGGAUAGAGAGUCUCAGACGGCGUAG